AGUACUAUUUUGUUGCUCGAACGAUUCGGUUGUUGUGUGACCCCUUUGAACUCAAAAAGAUAGGGUUUCAUGUUUUAAAAUGUGUUUGUGAAGAGUUUACAGUGGGAAAAAUGGUUAAAGAAAAUAUCGGCCGACUGGUCAGAAAAAUCGAUUUAAAGAAGUUUGCCAAAAGCAAACUUCCAAUCGUGGAAUGGCUUCCAAAAUACACGGUGACAUAUUUACUGCACGAUCUCUUGGCAGGUUUGACGGUGGGUCUCACGGAAAUUCCCCAAGGAAUAGCCUACGCUAAGGUGGCAGGUUUACCCACUGAGUAUGGACUGUACAGCGGUUUUAUGGGGUGUUUCAUGUACUUUUUGUUCGGGACCUGUAAAGAUAUAAAUAUCGGGCCCACGGCAAUCAUGGCCUUGAUGAUACAACCGCACGUGAUGGCCUUGGGGGCUGACAUGGCCGUUUUGAUAACUCUUCUAUCAGGAGUUAUAAUUUUUGUGCUGGGGAUUCUAAAUUUGGGUUUUUUGGUGCAAUUUUUCUCGUACCCUGUGAUAGCCGGGUUCACGUCCGCCGCUGCCCUAAACAUCGCCUCGUCGCAGAUCAGCAGUCUUCUGGGUACCGGCAAAAAGUCCGAAUCGUUCCUGGGAGCCUGGAUGACGCUGUUCAAAAACCUUGACCUCGUCAAAAAGUGGGACACCCUCUUGGGACUGCUUACCAUCGUUUUUUUGGUCGCUUUGAAGGAAAUUCGCGUUUUCGGCACUCUUAACAACAGAAGCGAUUGGUCCAGAAGGAGAAACGUGAUUGGGAAAAUCAUUUUUAUGGUUUCUUUGGCUAGGAACGCCAUGGCGGUAGUGAUAGGCAUCGUUCUGGCAUAUUAUUUGAACGAUAACCUCACAUAUCCUUUCGCCAUCACUGGUCACGUGCAAAAAGGAUUACCACCUUUCCAGUUGGCACCCUUUGAAACCAAAUUCAAUGGAACCACAUACAAAUUCUCCGAUAUGAUCAGUAAUUACGGCACCAUCAUCAUAUUUUGCCCAUUGGUGGCCAUCUUGGAGCACAUAGCCAUAGCGAAGGCUUUCUCAAAGGGCAGAACAUUGGACGCAACCCAGGAGCUCAUAGCUCUAGGGGUAUCAAACCUGAUGGGUUCCUUCGUAAGAUCCAUGCCUGUAACUGGUAGCUUCACCAGAACAGCUGUCAACAACUCCAGCGGUGUCAAAACUACAAGCGCUGGCAUACUAACCGGCGUUAUUGUUUUGUUAGCUCUGAGUUUUCUGACGUCUGCAUUCUACUACAUUCCCAAAGCCACGCUGGCUGCCAUAGUCGUGGUGGCCAUGUUUUAUUUGUUCGAGUUCAAGGCGUUUGUGGUGCUGUGGAAGGCCAAAAAGCUGGACCUGUUGGUCUUCCUGGUCACCCUGAUCUGUUGCCUGUUGAUCAGCCUGGAAUACGGCAUUUUGGUGGGUAUAGUAUUCAACCUGACCUUCAUACUGUACUCCAGUGCCAGGCCGAAGAUAACAAUAGAAAAGGAAGUGCACUCGCCAUCGGAUGUAUUCAUUAUAACCCCAAAAACGAAUCUGUACUUCACAGCCGCUGAGUAUUUGAGAGAGUUGGUUCUGAAGGAGUGCGAUGUCCCAAAUACCGUGAUCUGUAUUGAUGGGCAUAAUGUUGGUAACAUGGACGCAACUGUUGCCAAAAGUCUACACGUGUUGGUCGAUGAAUGCGAUUUGAGGCAUCAAAAAAUCGUCCUGUGGAAGUUCAAACAAUCCUUAAUCGAUGUUUGUGAAGGAAUCGAUGGGAGUUUAGUAAAAUAUUUUAAACAAGCCGACUUAAAAACUAUAUUAAACGAAGUUGAAUCCGAGUCGAUGCCAACUGAUGUAAAUGCCAUACAGUAAUAGUUUAAGUACUUUGUACCUGAUUAUUUUUUUGGUUGUUUUUUUUUAUCUAAACAAAACAUUAAAGUGAUACUUAAAAUGAUAUCUGCAAUGUACGUGAACUGAUAUUAAUGAUAUUAAGAUUAAAUAUAGGUGUAUAUGAG